UCUCGUUAGUCCUCGUUGGUUCGGAGUGCCAUGGCAUCCCAACAUGCCUUGGGUGCCCUGGGAUGGAGUGCGCUGCAGAGGGAUGCGGAGGAGGAGGCGCGGGCUGUGGCGAUCGCCAAUGACUUGGAAAGAACAUUUGCUGACAUGCCCAUGGUGGCUCCGCGAAAGCCCCAGAUCUUUCGGAUUCUCGAGGAGUUUGGGAAUGCCAAUCCUGACAUUGGCUACACCCAGGGCAUGAAUUAUGUUGCAGCAACUCUGGUGCUGAAAUUUCAUCCCCGAGAGGAUACUGCGCGCAAGAAGUUUAACGAGGUCCUGUUGCAGUUCAACGGAUUCUGGUCUGAUGACUUUCCGCUACUUAAAGUGGGAAUCUGGCUCUACCAGAGGCUCGCCGAGCGCCACUUGCCCAACCUCUAUAAUCACUUUGAGCGUUGUGGGGUGGAAGCAAUGAGCUUUUUGCCCAAUGGUUGGCUAUCCUUGUUUGGUAAAUGGCUGCCAUUGCCAGCCGUGAUUGAGGCCAUGGAUUUGUUCAUCGAAUUCGGACUUCGUGGAGUGCUUGCUGUGACUUUAGCAUUGUUUCACAUGCAGCAGCGCCGUUUCAUGGCUUGUCGGGCGAUGGAACAUGUGCUGGAGCUCAUCAACCAAGACAUGCGUUCGGCGCCCAUCGACGGAGAGUUGCUGGUGAAGUCUGCCCGGCUCUGGCUUCCUUCGGUGAACCGCGCGGUUGCUGAGUCCUACGGGAUCUCAGAGGUUGAUGACGUGGAUUUGGCCUGACUGGAUCGAAGCGAAACCAGCCAUGCCAUUGAGUGAAAUAAAUCCCUCAUUCCAUUUCAUCCUGGUUCGUUUAUAGGGAUUCC